GCACCGCCCGCCCCUUCGCGCCGUCCCCUGCGCCGCCGCCGCGUCAUGGUUCUCGGUCGCGGGCUGCUCGGCCGCCGGAGCCUCGCCGCCCUGGGAACCUGCGCCCGCCGCGGCCCGGAUAUGGCUAAAUGAGGAUAUUCUCUGCUCCACCAAAGGAUCUUAGAAAACCUGGCACAGCAGGCCUCAUGUUUGACGCUGAGCAUGUCGUGUCCCAGCCCUGCUGGGAGUCCUCCUUUAUCACACGGCUUUAAGGAAGAGCCUGACUGUGGAGCAGAGCACUAUGAAGGUUGAGUUACUGCCUGCCCUGACCGACAACUACAUGUACCUGGUCAUCGAUGGUGAUACCAAGGAGGCUGCCAUUGUGGACCCCAUGCAGCCCCAGAAGGUGUUAGAAGCGGUGAGGAAGCGCGGUGUGAAGCUGAGCACAGUACUCACCACCCACCACCACUGGGACCACGCUGGUGGGAACGAGAAGCUGGUCAAGCUGGAGCCUGGGCUGAAGGUGUAUGGGGGCGAUGACCGGAUCGGGGCGCUGACUCACAGGGUCACCCACCUGUCCACACUGCAGGUGGGGUCUCUCCACGUCAAGUGCCUGUGGACACCGUGCCACACUUCUGGACACAUCUGCUACUUGGUGAGCAAGCCCAACAGUUCUGAGCCCCCUGCCGUGUUCACAGGCGACACCCUAUUUGUGGCUGGCUGCGGGAAGUUCUACGAGGGGACGGCAGACGAGAUGUACAAAGCCCUGCUCGAGGUCCUGGGCCGGCUCCCUCCAGACACAAGAGUGUACUGCGGGCACGAGUACACCAUCAACAACCUCAAGUUUGCAAGGCACGUGGAGCCGGACAACGCCGCUGUGCGGGAGAAGCUGGCCUGGGCCAAGGAGAAGUACAGCCUCGGGGAGCCCACGGUGCCAUCCAGCAUUGGGGAGGAGCUCACCUACAACCCGUUCAUGAGAGUGAGGUGGCGCGCCUGCUGGGUGUGGCCUGCAGCCUGGCUCGGCUUCCGCAGGGAGAAGACGGUGCAGCGGCACGCGGGCGAGACGGACCCCGUGGCCACAAUGCGGGCCAUCCGCAAGGAGAAGGACCAGUUCCGGGUGCCCCGGGACUGAGGCGCCCUCGGCGGCCGCCCCCCUUCACACGCACUUGGGUGUCCGGAUGGCCUCGUGGAUUUCCUGCAGGCUGUGUAGGAAAUACAGUCUGGGGUUGAUUUUCACUUAAUUCCAGCACCCUUGUGUGCUUGUUUUAUCAAAUGUUCUAAUGCAUAUUUAUAAGAGAAGAA